CGGAGAGGCAUCCGCCACAGCUCCGGGGGGCGGCGUGAGGAGCGCGGCGUGAGGAGCGCGGCGUUCCGGGACGGGCUCGGCCCGGUUAUCCCGCAUCGUCUUUAAGCAUCACUAAUAACACAUUCCCCACCCGCUUUCCGCACGGAGUAGGGGGAUGCUUCUUCUCUUGUCCCCCGGCCCGGGGGACGCCUCCCGGCACCACGCUUCGGCUUCCCCGAAGGAGGAGGCCGCUGCCCCCCGUGCCGGGGAAACGCCGGGACCGUCACUGCGCUCCCCCGGGCUCGUUCCCGGACUCCUCCUGCUCGCAAGACUUCAUCGCAGCGGCUCCGCCUUCCCUGACCCGUGAAGCUGUUUUCCUCGGGGAAGUCUCUCCUCCGUGGGGCUGAAGGAGGGGUGGACUCUCGGCGGCCCGGAGCGGAGGCGGGCCCGGGAGGUGCGGGGGAGAGGCGAGGAAGGAAGGCGAGAGGAGCUGCGCGCUGUGAUCUGCUGCGGACGCUGGAGAGACGGCGCGGCCGUCCCCGGCAGCCCGCACCCGUCCGCGGACCCGUCCCCGGCGGCGGAGUGCGAGGAUGAGCAGCGGGGAUGGUGGAAACCUGGGGGGAGCCAUCAGCUACGCCCUUCCCUCCAUCCCUUCCAACAAACUCCCGGACUUGCGCUUUAUCAGCCGUGGUGCUUACGGUACCGUGUCUGCGGCCCGUCACGCUGACUGGAGGGUGCCGGUGGCUCUCAAAUGUCUGCAGGGACCACUACUAGACAGUGACAGAAACCAUCUUCUAAAAGAAGCAGAGAUAUUACACAAAGCCAGGUUUAGUUACAUUCUGCCAAUUUUGGGAAUUUGCAACGAGCCUGAAUUUCUGGGGAUAGUAACAGAAUACAUGACAAAUGGGUCAUUAAACGAGCUUUUACAUGGGAAAGAUGUGUAUCCUGACAUUCCCUGGUGCCUGAGAUUCCGCAUUCUUUAUGAAAUUGCUUUGGGAGUAAACUAUUUGCACAACAUGGAUCCUCCAUUGCUGCACCAUGACUUGAAAACCCAAAAUAUUUUGUUGGAUGAUGAGUUUCAUGUCAAGAUUGCAGAUUUUGGCAUGUCAAAAUGGCGUGUCAUAUCCAUGUCGCAAUCACGAAGUGAAACCUCUUUGCCAGAAGGAGGGACAAUUAUCUACAUGCCACCUGAAGAUUACAAUCCCAGUCAGAAAACCCGUGCAAGUGUAAAACACGAUAUCUACAGUUAUGCUAUUAUUAUGUGGGAAGUGAUGUCAAGGAAACAGCCAUUUGAAGAAGUUACAAACCCCUUGCAGAUAAUGUAUAGUGUGUCCCAGGGACAGCGACUGGACUUGAGUGAAGAAAGUUUAUCCAUGGACAUUCCUCAUCGGGCGCUCGUCUUAAGGUUGAUAGGAAGUGGAUGGGCACAAAACCCAGAUGAAAGACCAUCCUUCUUGAAAUGUUUACUGGAACUUGAGCCAGUCCUGCGAACAUUUGAUGAAAUAGCUAUGCUGGAAGCAGUGGUUCUGUUAAAGAGAUCAAAGUCACUAUAUGAAUCACGAUGUAUUUAUAAGAUUGGAAAGAAAGCAGAUGUGCAGCAGAUAUCUCUAAAUAUACCUCUGAAUCCCCAAGAGGAAACAUGUUCUGCCUCCAUUCAAUGUGAUGCACUUCCCCUUCGGAGCAUCUCUCCAGUUAUAUCAAGAUUCAAGUCUGUUUCCAAGAGUAAUAUCCUCUCAUCAAGUAGAGAUAAUGAUGGAAAUUCUGAGGGUCUUCACUCUCUCAGCAAUCAGAGCACAGAUGAAAAUACCUCUGUAACUCAGAGUGCCAGACUUCUUGGGCAUCCAUACAGUUCUUUGCCCUCAUCUGACAAGUGUAUUUCAAAUGCCUCAAAUUCUGCAUCAUGUGGGCUGCCAUCAUCACCACUUCCUUCAGAUUUUCUUUUGGAAACCAUACAACAGAACAUAGCUCAUCAAUGGAUCCAGAGUAAAAGAGAAGAAAUUAUUGAUCAGAUGACUGAAGCGUGUUUGAAUCAGUCAUUGGAUGCUCUUCUAUCAAGAUUUUUACUCAUGAAAGAAGACUAUGAACUUAUAAGCACCAAACCUACAAGGACAUCAAAAGUCCGACAACUUCUUGAUACCUCAGAUAGCCAAGGAGAAGAAUUUGCCAGAAUUAUAAUACAGAAGUUGAAAGAUAACAAACAGCUAGGACUUCAACCUUAUCCAGACGUUAUACCUAAUUCUCUAAAACUGCAUCUUUAAAUUAGUGCAUUCCAUAUGAAGCCAUGUGAAUAUUUCUUACAGCACGAUCCUUGUUGCUGUAUAGUAGUUUUAUAUAUGUACUGCUCUGUCUUUACUGUGCCUUUGUAGAGUCUCAGAAACGACACUGAAUUCUUCUAGACUGCAUUUGGUGAGUUACAAAUGAAUCAGAUGGAGUGUUUUUAACCAGUUGCAGAGUAGUCAUAAAGACAAACACUUGAUGCUUGUUGACUUAAUUAAUACAUUUUGUUGUACAUGACAAAGGAAAAACAUUAAAUAUUCCCCCUUUUACAUA